CCGUUGUCGCAAGACUGCGGUCUUCAUCGCAAUGUAAUUUUCUUUUGUUUUUAAACACCUUUUUGUUAUUAUUAUUUUUCUUUUUCACACAGUGACGAACUGGCCGUAAUAACCAGCUUCAAAGUUUCAAUCAUCCCUGAACGAAAUAAACAAACAAUGCGUGGACUCAGUGUGAGACAUUUUAUGUGAGCAAAAAAGAGUAUUUUUCUCUCGUGUGAAGUGAUAUUUCGUGUUAAUUAGUUAAUAUCAACGUGUGCCUGAUUAAUCAGGACAAUGGGCCAGUCCUCGAGCAACAGUGCACCCAAUGUACAACCCACCCGGUCACAUUUAUGGGGGUGGUAGGCGGAGAGUGCGCCGUCAAAGGUACCGGCGGCAAAAGCCAUUCCUGUCAUUGCUGCAGUCGUGUAACAAGUGACGUUGGACCAAGCGUUUUAUUAUCACAACAUAAUCGGGGAAGUUACCGUGUUGAUAAGGAGGGCUUUGAGGGUGAUUCACCGAGUCCAAGUGGAAAAACCGGCGGGGGUGACAGUCAUAUUCUGGCGCCAUUGAGGAGCAAGAUGAGGGUGCUCAAGAAAUUGAAGAAGAAAAUGGGAUUAGCACCAAGAUCAUCGAGUGCAGGUACGAAUAACCUGCCUCCCCUGACAUUUCACCAUCAAGUACACGGGGAUAACAUCACCCUGUGCAAUGGAGGAACUAUAGCGAGGAGACACGAGAGUUUCUGCAAGGGAAUAACAUUCAGCACUCGGCCUGUUCGCAUCGGUGAAAAGGUCUGCGUAAAAUUCCUGGAAAUGUCCAACAACUGGUCCGGAGUGAUAAGAUUUGGCUUCACAAGCAAUGAUCCAAUUCACUUGCGAAAUGGUCUUCCAAAAUUCGCAUGCCCAGAUUUAACAAAUAAGCCCGGCUAUUGGGCAAAAGCCCUUGCCGAGAGAUUCGCUGCCCACGACACUGUUCUAUUCUACUACGUAACAUCAGCUGGUGACGUACAUUUUGGUGUUAAUGGCGAGGAAAAGGGUGUUUUCUUCGGUGGUGUAGAGACACGCGGACCACUGUGGGCUGUUAUAGAUGUUUAUGGCAACAGCACAGCGAUUGAACUUGUGGAUCCCAAUAGACAACACUUCAACAACAUUCGUAGAGGGGCUGAACACAGUAAUGAGGAUAAUGCACAGCCGAGCAGGCACACCGCCAUGGAUGAUGCCAGCAAUGCCGGAAGGGAUGUUGUCGAGAGAAUUAUUGUACCAUCAAUGCAGAAUGUCUGUUUACACCAUGAGCCUGAUGUCGAGCUGCCUGGACUCAGGUUUCAACCGCCUGGUGUACUUUUCGCACCUCUACCUUUUCACCCUGUUCGUGGCCGGAACAUAAGAUUCAGCAACCAGCAGUGCGUGGCAACGCGUUCCGACACAGAAUUCUGUCACGGUUACGCCUUCACAAACCGUCCUCUUCUCCUGGGUGAGCGUCUAGUGGUCCAGGUGCUCUCCACCGAGCCGAUGUACGUGGGUGCCCUAGCCCUGGGCCUGACCUCCUGCGACCCAUCCCGCCUGAGUCCAGAGGACCUCCCCGACGACAGCGAUCUUCUUCUGGAUCGUCCCGAGUACUGGGUGGUGUCGAAGGACGUCGCCAGCAGUCCCCAACCCGGCGAUGAGAUCGCCUUCACCGUCACCCACUAUGGAGAGGUUCAGAUGAGCAAAAACGGAGGUCCCCCCAAUGUGGUGAUGCAUGUGGACGAGAGUCUCCAAUUGUGGGCAUUUGUCGACGUCUAUGGGAGUACUCAGAGGGUGAGAAUGUUGGCGAGUCGGCCAACAUCACCACCCAGACAACGUCAAAUUGUUAAUUCAACCCCAGCACCUGUACAGCAGCAGACAAAUCACUCAAAUGCUGCCACUGAGCUGUCCAGGUUCUCGGAAAUGGUGCAGUUCAAACCGACUGUUGGAGGUGGUACUGUUCUUGUUGUCAAUCUUCCACCGCAGCCUGGCUAUCCACCGGCCAAUUCUCAAUCUAUUUAUGGAACAACUGGGGUCAGAAAUUCUCCCAGUUUUCACACAGCUGCACCAGCAGCUGCUCCAGUACCAACAGUUGAUACAGCAGUCGCUUCUCCUGCCAGUCAUCACCCUGGAAGACAGAGUACCUCUCCACCCCUGCUCACCGGCACUAUGAGCAGCACCGGCUCCUCUACAUACGUUGACCCAGUGAAUUACCAGAGCAUUGAUACCGCAACACUCUCAUCACAGUCCUCUCAUCUUCAACAGUGGAGUGAGAGGCUCCAGCCCACCCCUGGACAGCCCAGUGAAUGCUCAAUCUGCUACGAGAGGAACAUCGACAGUGUCCUCUACAUGUGUGGCCACAUGUGUAUGUGCUAUCCCUGCGCUAUUCAGCAGUGGAGGGGCAAGGGUGGAGGGCACUGUCCACUCUGUCGUGCACCCAUCAGAGAUGUCAUUAGAAUCUACAGGUCGUGAAGAUCUGGGGAUUUGUCCUGAGAGUGUCUGAUUGUGUCUGGUGGGUGGAACUGUUUUCUCAAGGCUUUUUCGCGCCGGCGCGAGGGAAUGGAAACUGGGGGGCUUCCUGGGGGAGAACACUGCCGAGAGGACGGUGGGGGGGAUUGGUGAGAGGAGAUAAUUUUUUAAAUGCAUUCUGGCUAUUCCCUCUGGCUCUGAUGAAAAUUUAUUUGAAAAACAAUUGAUUUCAAGAUCGAAACGUCAAAACUGACUCUCGUUUGUGAGGAAUAUCUCGGAAACGGAUGCACGUAUGACUUUUUAUGUCUUAACCUUUUUCGUAGAGAACGUAGAGCGAUACAAAAAAGGUCUAAGACAAAUUUCGCUAGUUCUUUUGAAUGUCGAGAUAUUCAGGGAAAUUUGAAAUGAGGGUUAAGAUGAAUGAUGUUGAAUUAUUAUCAUCAAUCCCCUUGUGAAUAAAUCGUGAUAAUUAUCUGGGGAACGAGCAUUGAGUUUAAAAUUAGAUCGUUUAAAAAAAAAGAUUGAGAGAGAACGCGACAGACUGAGUCUAGGCUCUUAUUACAACACUUUAUGAAUGUUUUUUACGUCACCGAUUAUUACAUGCCACCAUGUUUUACACCAAUUGAUGCCAACUGUCAAUGUUUUGCCAAGGUUAUUAUCAUUAUUUUGUAUCUUUUUAUUUUAGAAUUUAGAAUUUUUUUUUUCUCGAUUUACUAGGGAUAUUUGUUGACUCGAUUGGUCCACAGUAUCGUUUAUUAUUUUUUAUUAAUCUUAUCAGUUAUUGACUAAUGUUAUUUAGGGUAGCUUAGGUAGAUAAUGUCGACAUACCAAGUAUCCGAAUAUGCAGGAAAUUCAUGAAAUAGUUAUUGUAAAUUCAAUGAUGCAGGAGCAAAAUGAACGUUCAAAUACAUUUUCAUUUGUUUGUGUUUUCAAACAUAAAACUGCACGUGAUUUUUGAUGAAAUUCUCCAGAACCGUGAUAAAUACGACCUUUUGUGAUAAGACAAUUUUUGCGGCUUAUGAAAUUUUGCCUAAAAAGAUCGUGUAACAAAAAGGCGUAUCUCUAUUCGUUCCUGAUAUAAUCACGAAAAACUAAUCGUGAAUUUACGUUCUAUUCUCUGAUUAUUGAAUUAUUCAUCACGUUGGCAUUCAAAUGUUCUUUCCUCAACUCCUAGUUCUCCCCGUUAUUUACCAAAGAAUCUCCAUAUCCACAUAAUCAUUUGAUAAAACCUUUAGUGGUAUGAGUAUGAAAACAACGAGCCAGAUUACUAAAGAAGUGAUCCAACAAGACGAUUUGUCAAUUUGUUUUCUUGAAUUGAGAUUGAAGAGACACUGGAUCGAGGAUCGUCAUCAUCAGGGCCUCGAUCACUGCCAAAAAAAAAAAAAGAAUCAUUAAUUACUAUAAUCCGUGCUUUUGUGUAGUAUUGCGCGGUCCAUUCGGUGCCUUUGAUAACGGUAAUCGAAUUAUUCCUAAUGAAAAACAAUAAUUGAAGAACAAGGACACUUUUUUUCUGCGAAUUUCUCUUGAUUUUUCGACGACGUUGGUGAAUUGUAGCUGAAAAAUGUUUUUAACGUAUUGAUAAUGUACAGAAUUUUUUGACAGAGAUUAACUUAACAGACUGGGUCGUUAGUAUCUUAUCGUAAAUUAACAAUGAAUAUUUGGUAAUAUUUAUUAUUUUUCGGUAGAAUUUGACAAUUGUAUUUAUAAUUUAUGGCCAAAAUUUUUGAGAAUGUGGCGGGGAUUUUCGGAUGAUUUUUCUGAAUUUGUGGAGACACGCUUAUAUUCGUUAACGCCUCAAGACUUAGAAUAUCUCAGCUUUUACUGGAGAUACAACCUUUCUUAUUGAGAACAUUUUUUCGGGCACGAAAUUGUCUACAAAAAAUGUCAUAACGAAAAUUUCGCCCUCUCCCACAAAUCCAAAGACAUCUCCAAAAAGCUGAAUUCCUCCUGAAUAAUUGUAACAAAAAAAAUUGUUCAAAUAUGAUAAGGCUUUUCUCAAUGUGCGCCAAUGCUCGAAGCGCCUCAGACACAACGAGUGCCUCAGUGAGCGCGAAAAUUAUAAAAUUAUUAUUGAAAAAAAAGGAUGAUUGUCACGAAUGGCGGGCACGCAAUAAAGCAGUAGUGAAAUCUCUAGUCCAGCGAAUGGCAGCUUACUCCUCUGCCACGAUGAAUUUAAACAAAAAAGAAAAUUAUUAAAGUAAGAAUAUUUGGGUUGAUGUCAUGAAGAAUCAUCAUUUGGAAAUAUGUAUCAAGUGCAUUUUAUGACUAUUCCAUAUUGAAUAAAUGAGAAGUAAUGAAACAAAAUUCUGAUUAUUUCGUCAGCGUGCUUCUUUUUUCUAUAUUUAUAGCUAUUAGCCAGAGGACAAUUCAUAAGAUCAUGGAUUUAAUAUGAAUAUUUAUACAAACGUUUAGUGAGAGCAAUGAUGGGCAACGAAAUAUUUACUAAAUACUCAAUAAUUAAAUUGUACAAUAUGAUUACAAUGGAGUUGCGAAGUGGUAAAACGAAAUAAGUCACGGCUUUCUAUUCACCAAUUUGCUACUCAAUAGUCAAUAAUUCGGAAAUCGCAGAGGAAAAUCAAAUGAUUUUCUGCCAUCUUGAAGUUUAAAAAUCGAGCUUCACAAAGAAAAAAAAAUCGUCAAAUUUCACUCGAUCGAUCCCAAGUUAUUAAUGAUUGAAGACAGUUUCCUCACUCCCCCCGACUAAAUAUUGAAGUAUUUAAUACCUUCGCAAGUUUUUCAAUACUAAAUAUAUCGAAAUUUGGUAUCUCAAUUGACGUUUAAUUAAAAUAGUAUUUAGUUUUGCCCUUCAUUGAGUGAGAGUAACAAAUAAACGUAAAAAUGAAACAAUGGAGUUUAAUGUUCCAAAAAAAAAAAAUUGAGGUAAUCCUGAUUGUAUGGCUAGGCCAGUUAUAUUGGAUAUCGAGUCAUUUUUAAUGCUAGAAACCAAUGGAGUCGUCUGACUUCACGUUUUUCUAUCGGAAAAUAUCAAUUCUCGUCCGCCUGUUGCACAUUGCGAUUAAUUUCUCAAGCUGAGGGCCAGUGCGAGAUUUUAUCCACUGACGUGGAUUUCUCUAUGUGUGAGAGGUGUCAGUCGUCAGAUCGAACUUUAUACAUAUGUAAUAUAAUGAAUUUGUGCUGAGACAAGUUUAAAUAAAAAAAAUGUACUGAUAA